GCCUUUGCUUCUGAUUUGGACGCCAUGACAGUUGGAGGAUUAACCCUUGGAUUCUAAGCGAUUCUCUGGAUAUAUACGUGACGCAAUGAUUCUUGCCUGGUUAUGGCUGUUCAUCACUGGGAUAGCCUUUUUGAUUUCUCUCCUGUGUUUGAUAGGAGAAUGGCGGCGCAGAGACAGAGUGGGGACGGAGGAGCGGGCAGCUCCCGUCCUCUCCGACAUUAUGCCCCGCCAGGAGGAGGCCACACAGGGUUCCUACAAACGAUUCGAAUGCCAGGUCACCGGGACCCCACAACCGGAAGUCACGUGGUACAAAGAUGACAUCGAAAUCACCAACGAUCCUCGAUUUCAAUUCAGCUUACUAAAUGGCGCCGUCUCAUGUCUGAUUCGUGAUGUCAAACCUGACGAUGCUGGAUGCUAUACGUGCAGAGCGGAAAACUCGGAGGGGAGCGCGCUGACUGCUGCCUUUUUGUCGAUCAGAGAUGUCUCCGAGAUCGUGGAAGAAGGCGAGUGCUUCUCCGAGAAAGCAAACGAGCAAGAGGCGGCCACUGGGUUCCAAGACCGACUCUCCUCCAAACCUCGGAGUUCCAUAGACCACGAAGGAGUCCCAGAGAUCGCCCGAAAGGAUGCCCGGUCUCAGUCAGGCUCAUUGGAAGAUUUCGUAGAUGCUUUCGUGGAUGAAUUAUUAGGUAAACCGCAAGGUGGGGUAAGUAAUGAAGACGAUGAGAUCUUCUCGCAAGGUAGACUCGGUCCAGAGACUGACGGCGUGCAACUUAAAACAGAUGCUUUGGCGCUGGGAGCCGGCUCGCCUCGCAGGGAAGCAGAAGAGCUUCAGCGACUACUUGCACUUGCCGAGGACGGGUUUGCCAGUGCAGAGAACUUGGGGAGGGAGGCAGAAGACGGAGGAAGGAAACUUAAACAAACGGACUCAGAGACGGGCGAAGUUCGAACGGAUAGUUUUGGAUUUGGCGACAAACCAGCUAUAGUAAUGGAAAUACCAGCGAAUAUAUGUGUAAAGGAGGGAGAGACUAUAACGAUAAAAUGCCGAAUAGCAGCAUUCCCAAAACCAGAUGUCUCUUGGUUCAAAGACGGUGAACCAAUUCGCCCGGACGAGCGUCACGUGAUUAAAAUUAAGGAUGACAUGUUCAGUUUAGAGGUUCGUGAUUCGGAGGCAAUCGACGCAGGCGAGUACACCAUCACUGCCAUCAACCAAGAAGGAAAAAUCUACUACAAUGUCAGAGUGGAGGUGCUUGAGAAAGGCACGGAGAAGGGGGCUAGGGGAAAGGCUGUAAGGAAGCCGCCGGAAUUCGUGGAGAAGCCUGCUUCUAUGACCGUGACGGAAUUCGAGCAAUUGAAACUCUGGUGUGUUGUCUCAGGUGCACCUGCGCCCUCGGUUACAUGGUUUCGAGAGGGUAAAGUUCUUAAGGAUGACGGGCGAACGGACAUCUACAAUGACGGUGACAAACAUUAUCUCCUGGUUACCAAAGCAUUCCUUCGGGACGCCGGGGAGUAUACUUGUACGGCAAAUAACGCCGUAGGUGCCGUUUUCUGCAGUGUGUACGUCACCGUCGAAGGUGCCACAGAAGGUGAAAGUGGUGCGUCGACGGACUAUGACCUGGCUGUGAUAGAGAAGCUUUCUCCUCUUAUCUACGAGGAGAUUGCCAAGAUUCAAGAUGAACCAACAGAUGAGGAACUGUUUCGGGAGUACCUCCUUAAGACUGCCUACACUGAUAUUGAUAAGGAAAUCAUUUUAAACGAAGGGGAAGUGAUCGAGGUACUGGACCAGGAGAACCCUGAACUCUGGCUCGUCAGGAAACAAGACGACAGAAGAAAAAUUUGUAAAGUUCCUUCCAAUCUUCUGAAACCCAAAACUGAUUCUGAUAAGACUCUCUCGCCACAAGAUGAAGUUCGACCUGCACUGGCAAGGAUGCAGGAGGCGAGGAUGCAAGAGCUGACCGUCCAAGAUGCUGCGGGCGACUCCCCCGAUGGGCUUCUGACACCAGAGAGACGACGGGGCAAGUUGUCACGAUCGCCAAGUAAACGGACAGCAUCCUCUGAAGGUGGAGACUCGUCCGAAGAUGAGGAUAAGCAGAGUAAAGUUGAGCAAUACCCAGUCUACAUAGCAAUCGCCGAAUACACGCCACCAGAAUCGGAAAAAGAUGCCCCAAAACUAACGGAGGGGCAAUUCGUCUACGUGCUUGACUCAAAGAACCCAGAUCGCUGGUAUAUACAAACGAAACCCACGAAGACCAACCCAUCAAAGCAGGGCUGGGUGCCUCCUUGCUUCUUGGACAAGAAGGCUGGGUCUGGAUAUAUCGACAAACGAUCGACUAGAGAGAUAUUUAGAGAAGACAUCAUACAGAUUACUAAUAAACAGACCGAAGCAUUAAUGAAAAGAAGAUAUGCACUAACGGAGCUACUAGAGACCGAGAGAGAUUACGUAAAGGAACUUAAACUAGCUCUUGACCAAUUCGAAAGCCUUUUCAAAGAGACGGGCCUCCCUGGAGAACUCGUCGACAAGAAGGAGCUGCUGUUGGCUAACCUGAAAGACCUUCAUCAUUUCCAUAAUGAUGUCUUCCUCUCCGAGCUCAUGACCUGUACCAAUGAUCCAAACGGUAUCGGUGAAUCCUUCAUGAAGAUGGAAUCCAAGUUCAAUGAAUAUAUCCCCUACCUUAAGGGCCGUCCGGGGGCCGAGAUACUUCUUAGUCAGCCUCGAUCAAAGAAAGCUUUAGAGAAAUUUGAAAGGAAAAGUCGUCUCGACACGCAGUGUGACAUGCAGAACAGCCUCCGUAAACCCCGAGAAAGGCUAAGAACGUACGAGGCCCUCUUGAAAGACCUUCUCCGCUACACUUCCCGGGCGGGCGAGAAGGUUCCCAGACUGGAAGAUGCUAUAGCCAUGGUGAUGAAGAUCCCCCAGAAUGCGGAGGACAGGCUGUUGUUGGAGAGUAUUGAGGAGUUCCCUGGCGAUCUCCUGAAUAUGGGGAACCUGAUCAGACAUGAUGAUUUCAUUGUGUGGGACGCAGAGGCUGUGGGCCGAGGUCGAGAUCGCCACUGCCUACUAUUCCCAGACAAAAUUGUCAUGGUGAAGUGCAAGAGACCGGCAAGCCACACAGACCUACCUACUUACACAUACAAAGGAACUAUCAAUGUUCCCGAUGUCCAAAUUAAUGAACUCGUCGUCGACGAUGAGAAGUUCGAGCUCUGGUACGCAGUACCCAAUUCGGAAAAGGUCACCUUCGAGGCGAGGAAUGUUCAUAACAAGCAGGCCUGGGUGAUGGACCUUAGGCAGCUCAUGAGAGAUCUGGGCGUGGAAGAGACGGACCUCCCGCUGAACAGAAUACCUGAGGUCCAGAUGAAGUACACGUCCUCUCCCCUACCGAGGAAGAAACUCUCUGUGCAGGAGCCUAAAGCGGACCUGUUCUUGGUGCCGGACUCUGACAAAGGCACAGACUACAACACCGCCAUAGAUUCCUACGAGAGUGACAUCAGUACCCAGGACACUUCAAGCUAUCACACUGCUCUCGAUUACGACUAUGAAAACAUCACCAAACCCGUCUACAUGAAGAAGCUCCGCAAAAUGAGGGCCACGGAGGGUGAUGCCGUGAAAUUCGAAUGCGUGGUGGUAGGCAAUCCUGCUCCCGAUAUCACUUGGUUGAAAGACUCCGUGCCUCUUAGUGAGUCAAGUGAUGUGGUGAUUCAGAGUGUUGGUGACAGGCACAGCGUUGUGGUCCGGGAUGUCCUCAGAGACGACCGUGGUAUCUAUACAGUUUCUGCCGCCAAUGAACACGGAACAACUGAUUGCAGCGCCCAGUUACUCGUGUGCUCUGAAGGAAUGGAUGAGACAAGUCAAAUGACGAGUGAUGGAGACUACGGUACUGCAGCCUCCAUCGCAUCCGAGGAAGGUAACUCAGAGAUCGAGGCUACGACUCCUAGAUUAAUUGGGAUGCCCCCUGAGGUUAUGGACAUUAGGUUGGGAGGCGAGGCCAGGAUUGACUGUAGUGUUAUUGCUUAUCCUGAGGCGGACAUAAUAUGGUUGAAGAACGGCAAAGAGGUUCUCGCCAAAGAUCGUUACAAAUUCCUCUUCGUUGAUGAUGAUACAUACAGCCUUGUCAUCCAGGAUUCCCAGCCAGAGGACACGGGUCUCUACACCUGCAUUGCGAGGAAUAAACACGGUGAAUGCAAGGCUGACGUCAAGCUGACCGUUUCUGAACACCGAGUCCCUUCCUUCACCAAACACCUAGAAGACACCAGAGUCAUUGAAGGUGAAAAGGUCCAGCUGGAAUGUUGUGUAGACGGAAACCCCGAACCAGACUUUGCAUGGCUCUGCAACGACGAGAUCAUCUUACCUUCGGAGGACUUCCUAAUGCGUUUCGAUGGCGAGGCAUGUACCUUUAUCAUCAAGGAAGCAUUCCCGGAGGAUGCGGGAAUCUAUACCUGUCAGAUGACGAACAGUGCAGGCACUGCCGAGACCCGAGCGAGGCUAACUGUGGACAGAGAGGAAACUGAAAUCGCACCAGAUAUUGCACGAGGCUUUCAGGAUCUGACUGUUGAGCAGGGCACAGCCUGCUCAUUCGAGUGCGAUGUUACUGGAAGUCCCAUACCAGAGGUGACCUGGUCUUUUAACGGGGAAAAAGUAAAGUCUGCAGGCAACAUAAAACUCUCACAGGACAAUGAACGAUACGGACUAAGUAUCGUCAAGGCCUCACAAAAAGAAAUUGGAGAGUACUCGUGUACUGCAACGAACAAGGUGGGAACUGCCAAAUGCGCUGCCCAGCUCAUUGUGAAGGAACAAGAGAUUGCACCAAAGAUUGUAAAGGGGCUUGAAGAUAUCUCGGUUGCAGAAGGCAAGGGCUGUACUUUAGAGUGUACUAUCAAUGGAAAGCCACAACCUGAGGUUGUGUGGAUGCUUAAUGGGAAGAAAAUAGAGUCAAGUACUAAUAUAAAACAAUCCCAAGACAAAGACCGCUGCACUUUAACCAUAACCAAAGCUUCACCGAAGGAGAGUGGGGAGUAUUCAUGCACUGCUAAGAACCAGGCGGGGUCUGUUACAUGUGCUGCUAAACUCACGGUCAAGGAGGCUGGUAUCGCACCAAAGAUUGAGAAAGGGUUUGAAGACCUCAUUGUAGAUACAGGGAAGAGCUGUGCUUUUAAGUGCAGUAUCAGUGGAAAACCAUCCUCCGAUGUCACUUGGGCAUUCAAUGGGAAGCAAAUAAAGGCCGCGGAAAAUAUAAAGUUGUCUCAAGACAAGGAUACCUAUAGCUUGACCAUUGCAAAGUGCACAUUAAAGGACACUGGCGAAUACACGUGCACUGCAAAGAACAACAUUGGGUCAGCCUCAUGUGUUGCCAAGCUCAAAGUUAUGGAGGAAACGAAGAGGGAAAAACCAAUAUUUGCAACAAAACCUUCUGAUUGUGAAGUCGCGGAUGGAAAGACCGCCAAGUUCGUCUGCACUUUCAAGGACAAGCCAAAGACAGUCCAGUGGCUCAAAGAUGGCAAAGAGCUGAAACCAUCCACUCAUUUCAUCAUGGAACUGAACGACAACGAGGCAAAAUUGAUGAUAGACAACGCCGCUCUUGGCGAUUCUGGAAACUACACAUGCGUGGCUGUGAAUGAUUCUGGAAAGAUAGAAGCAACUGCCGAACUACGAGUUGGACCUCCUCCUCCUGAUGACACAAGUCCCGCUGUAGUCUUUGAAGAAAUUGAUUGCGAAGCAAUUCAACCAGUUCAAAUGAUGUCCCUUGAGUCCAUGGCGCUGGAACCAUUGAUAGAAUCCAACGUAAACACUCAAAUGGAACGUCGACCAGACGACAAAGUACAAGUUUUCAUUGCUCCAAACAAACUGAAAUACACUGAAAUCGACCCUGAGACCAUACGUUUGACCUGGGAACCUGCCGAGACAGUUGUUAAUGCCCCAAUGUACUACAACAUAGACUUUAGGGAGUCUACGAUUCAGACCUGGCAGCCACUCGUCCACGGCCUCGCAGAGACGACUUACACAGUGAACAACCUAGACCCAAAGAAGUCCUACGUGUUCCGCGUGGCCUCUCAGACCGAGUACGGAAUAAGCCACACCAGCCCUGAGCUAACCAUGCCCACUCGGGCUGUCCCUACAGUCGCUGAGGAAGAGACGGUUUUCGACGUUGCGUCGGCUAAUUUGGAGACUGUAUACUUUGCGCCUUAUCCUGAGUUUCCAAACGAAGACCCACCCCACGUUAUCGUCAACAAAGACUCUGUCACGCUCAAGUGGGAAGAAGCAAAAAUGCCACCUGGCAAGGACCAGGUGCCAACUUUCUAUGAUGUCGAAGGUCGUGAGGGUGAGAGACCUGACUGGACCCCUGUGGCUGAGGACUUGACGGACACGGAGUACACUGUGGGAGGGCUGAGGCCUGAUGAGGAGUAUGAGUUUAGGGUUCAACCGAAGAAUGAACACGGGCCAGGCAAACCGACCAAACCAGUCAAGGUUCCUAGAAGAGGAGGUCCACCACGAUUUCUAACGACAAUCCCAGAGUAUGAAGAACUUGGGCCAGAUGCUGUCAAGAUUUCGUGGCAAGCAGCAGACGUUCCUAAAGAGUGCAGCGACCUGCCAGUCGUUUAUAGUAUUUCAAUGAAAGAGGAGGUAGCAGCAGAUUUUACCACUAUUAUCAAAGACUUGAAGAAGACCAACUUGAAUAUAACAGACUUAGAACCAUCGAAGGCCUACUGCUUUAGAAUACAAGCCAGCAAUGAGUUUGGUCCAAGUGAGACUUGUAUUGAGCUGACUAUACCAGAACGAGCGGUUCCAAUGGCACCAGUGUUUGCUGUAACAUCCCCGCCAACUCUCACCAAAGUCGAAAAACAAGAGAUAGUUCUGUCAUGGAGCUCAGCAGAAAUCCCAAAGGAUGCUAUAAUCACCCCAAUAUCGUACACAUUGCAAGCAAAGGAAAGCACUGUGGAGGACUGGAAAGUUGUGGCAGACAAUGUUAAGGACACCACGGCCAAGGUCAAGAGCAUGGCACCGGAUAAGGAAUAUCUGUUGCGGGUGAUGGCAAAGAAUGAGUUCGGGGAAAGUGAGCCAACGAAGUCGGUCACUUUGGCGAAACGAGCAGGUCCCCCAGAAAUGCCAUCCACUGCUCCAAAAUGCACUGAGAAGUCACCAGAAACCGUCGAUCUCACAUGGUCAGCGGCCACGACCACGAAAGGUUACUAUGAAAGUGAAAUAACCUACACGGUUGAAGUUAGGGAGGAGUCGGUAACAGCUUGGAAAGCGGUAGAGAAAGGUGUGGCAAUAACUACGGCAACUGUAUCAAGUCUGGAACCCAACAAGGCAUAUGCUAUGCAGGUUACAGCACAGAAUGAAUAUGGAUCAAGUAAACCUACGGACGAGGUCAAGUUGCCAGUUAGGGGCGUGCUGGGUGCACCAGAAUGGGAGACGAGAAAACCACCAAAAAUUUCCAACAACAAGGACGGGACUCUUAAACUCUCUUGGUCCAACGCAACUCUCCCAGCUGGUGCGAAACCAACGAAGAUUACCUACACUGUGGAGAUGCAGGAAGGGUCUGAAGACUGGAUAACCCUGGUAGAUGGUCUGCCCGAUACACAAUUCAAUGUCAAAGGCGCUGAUCCGAAGGUGAACACCUCCUAUCGGAUUCAGGCUGCGAAUGAAUUCGGCCGCAGCGAACCGUCUGAGGCGGCUGAGAUACAUAGAUCGGAGGCUCUGCCGGAGUUCCCCACCGAUGAACCUCCUAGUGUUCUUCCCCUCGGCAAAGACUCCGUCAAACUGACAUGGCCCGCCGCAACUCUCCCCUCGGACGUUCCUUUCUGCCCAACGCUCUACAACAUCGAGGAAAAGUCCGAGGAAGAAGAGGCCUGGUCUUCGGUCGUCGAAGACGUAGCGGAAACGGAGUACACCAUCAAGGGAGUGAGGCCCGAUAGGGAGUGCCUGUACAGGGUUCACCCGAAGAAUAAACACGGGUUUGGGAGGCCCACGAAGGCUAAACGAGUGCCACGAAGAGCUGGUCCACCCAACCUCUUGCCGACGAUUCCCGAAUAUGAUGAGAUCGCGCCAGACGCAGUGGAGCUUACUUGGAAGCCCGCCGAGACACCCAAGGAAUUUAUUGAUGCACCUGUGCAGUAUACGGUAGAGAUGAAAGAUGAGGUGUCACCCGACUGGCAGGUCAUAGCCAAAGAUCUGAGCGACCCAACCUUCACAGUACAAGACCUUGAACCAUCCAUGAAAUACCAGUUCAGAAUCCAAGCAAGCAAUGAGUACGGUCCAAGCGAGUCGUGCAUGGAGCUUGAAUUGCCGACAAGGAAAAUACCUAUGCCACCACAAUUUUCUGUCUUGGGAAAACCAAAACUUUCAAAAGUGGAAGCGAAAACUCCCGUCCUUUCAUGGGCGCCUGCCGACACCCCAGUAGGUGGGAGAGAUAGCCCGAUCACAUACACGGUAGAGGCAAAAGAAAAGGAUGGCAAGGAAUGGACCCCAAUUGUUGAUGGAGUCAAGGACACUAACUGCAAAGUCGACGGGGUCAAACCUGAUAAGGAGUACGAGCUAAGAGUACAGGCGAAGAAUGAGUUUGGCGCAAGUGAGCCAACAGAACCCGUGGUGCUGCCAAAACGAGCAGGUCCACCUGAACUGCCCGAAAAUGCUCUUACCCACGAAGAAAAGCAACCAGACACAAUAGAGCUCAAAUGGAAGAAAGCCCAGACAACGAAGGGCUACCUUGAAUGUCCCAUUACCUACAAUAUCGAGAUGAGAGAAGAAACCUCUCAGAAGUGGGCAACUUUGGUCAAGGGCAUUGCUAAGACUACGUGUAGGAUUGCUGACCUUGAGCCCAACCUGGCCUACGUGUUCAGGGUAACUGCCUUGAAUGAGUAUGGACAGUCACAGCCAACGGAAGAGUUGCUCGUGAAGGAGAGGACCAAGCCACUCCCUCCAAAUAUAACAAACAAGAAACCUCCAACUGUGUCCGAUGUUAAAGACAACUCGCUAACUCUCUCAUGGGAUGGUGCCGAAACUCCGCCUGACGGCAAGCCAUCACCUAUGACCUACACUAUCGAAACAAAAGAUUGCACUGAUGGCAAAUGGCGGCCUCUAGUGGAAGGUCUCCAGGAUACAAAUUUCAAUGUUGAUGGGGUCAACCCAGACACGGAAUAUUCGUACAGAGUAAAGGCAAAGAAUGAAUUUGGUGAGAGCGAGCCAUCGGAUGCUGUCAAUGUUGCAAAGCGGGCAGGUCCACCUUUGAUGCCCGAGGCUGAGCCCGAGUAUUCCGAAGUGAAUACAGAGUCUGUCACAGUAUCCUGGAAACCGGCUGAGACAGCCAAGGGAUUCCUGGAGAGUCCUAUAACUUACAACAUAGAAAUCAGGGAAGAAUCGGCUACGGAAUGGAACCCCCUGGUCCAAGACGUUGCUGCGACAACCUACACAGCUGACCAUCUAGAACCAAGCAAAGCUUACGUGUUCAGGGUGACUGCCAAGAAUCAAUUUGGGGAGAGCGACCAUUGCAAGGACCUUCAUGUCCCGGACAGGCUAGUUGCUGUACCACCUCAAUUCCUUUCUGACGAACCACCCAAUCCUUCAAAGUUGGAAUCGGAUUCUUUGACCUUGACCUGGCUGAACGCAGAUGUACCAAAGGAUUCCAAGCCAUCAACUAUCACUUACACCGUUGAGGCUAAAGAGGGUGCUGGUGAUUGGAAGCCAGUAGCAACUAAGGUCAAGGACACUACCCACAGGGUCACAGGGGUCAAACCAGAUGAGGAUAUAGAGUUCAGGGUCAAGGCCGAGAACGAAUUCGGUAGCAGUGAGCCGACUAAAAUAGCCAAAGUUGAAAAACGAGCAGGGCCCCCUCAAAUGAAAGACACGACGCCUAAGUUUGCAGAAGCUUCACCAAAGGAGGUUGAGUUGUCUUGGGAUGCGGCAACUGAUACUAAGGGAUAUCUGAAAUCGCCGAUCACCUACUCUAUUGAAAUAAAGGAAGAGUCCGUGGGAGAAUGGAAGCCCCUCGUAAAGGGUGUGGCGAAAGCUGCGUAUACAGUGACGGAUCUUGAUCCCAAGAAGGCAUUUGAGUUCAAGAUAUCAGCUCAGAACGAAUACGGGACCAGCGAGGUGUGUCAGCAAGUGAAAGUGCCUGACCGUAUGAAGCCAAUGCCACCCAAGACAUCAACCAAGGUCCCUGAGAUAUCUAAAUUAGAUGAUAAUUCACUAGAAAUGGCAUGGCCUGCUCCUGAGAUGCCAGCAGAAGCCAAACCAUCGCCCAUCACGUACGAUAUCGAAGAGAAAGACUCCAAAGGAAACUGGAAACCAGUAGCAAAGGAUUUGAAAGACACCCAGCACAAGAUUGAGGGAGUCGCACCUGACAAGGAACAUGAGUAUAGGGUCCAAGCAAAGAACGAAUUCGGAAAUGGUGAGCCGACGAAGCCACUGAAGGUUGAAAAGAGAGCAGGUCCACCGGUGAUGAAGAAGGCCGGUAAACCUGAAUUCAGUGAGAUCAACCCAGAGACGAUUGAGUUGUCAUGGGAUGCUGCGGCUGAUGAGAAGGGUUACAUCAAGGCUCCAAUUACUUAUGAUAUUGAAAUGAGAGAGGAGAGUACGAAAGAGUUCAAACCAAUCGUCAUGGAUCUUGCUAAGACGACCUUCAAAGUCUCUGACCUUGAACCAAGCAAAGCCUUCGUCUUCAAAGUCACCGCAAAGAAUGAAUUCGGACCUAGCGAAGUUUGUCAGGAGUUGAAAGUUCCCGAUAGAUUGAAGCCUUUGCCACCGGCCAUGUCGUCGGAUGCCCCACAGCUCGAGAAGGUAGACAAAGACUCUGUAAAAAUAGCAUGGUCGCCAGCUGAGUUCCCAAAGCACGCGAAGCCCUCGAAGGUCUCGUACACCGUCGAGGAAAAGGAUGGUUCUUCCUGGAAACCUUUAGCUGAGGACUUAAAGGAUGCUGGGACAUCCGUCAAGGGUCUUGCACCGGACAAGGAACAUGAGCUGCGGGUUGUGGCGAAGAAUGAGUUCGGGACAAGUGAGCCCACGCAGUCUGUGAAGGUUGAUAAGUGUGCAGGUCCUCCUGUUAUGAAGAAGGCAACACCAAAGUUCAAGGAAGUGAAUCCUGAGACAGUCGAGCUGUCUUGGGAAGCGGCUACAGGAGAGAAGGGCCACAUCAAAGUGCCAAUUUCUUAUGACGUAGAAAUGAGGGAGGAUACAGUCACCGAAUGGAAGCCCCUUGUCAAAGACAAUGCCAAGACGACCUACACAGUUUCAGACUUGGAGCCAAGCAAAGCAUUUGUCUUCAGGGUGACUGCUAAGAAUGAGUAUGGGACCAGUGAAGUUAGUCAAGAGUUGACAGUUGCAGACAGGAUGAAGGAUUUACCACCUCAGCUAGUGCAAGAUGCUCCAUCAAUCUCAGAUCUGGAGAAAAAUUCGCUCACUCUAACAUGGCCCGAAGUCAAACAACCUAAACACGCCAAACCUUCAGAGACGACCUACAACGUUGAAGUGAAGGAAAAUGGUUCUAAGGAAUGGAAGCUGUUGGCUAAGGACUUGACUGAGCCAAAGAAGGAGGUCGAUGGGAUCAAGCCAGACCAAAGCUACGAGUACAGGGUGAAAGGAAAGAAUGAGUUCGGGGAAAGUGAGCCGACGAAACCCGUGAAGGUUGACAAACGUGCAGGUCCUCCAGUGAUGAAGAAAGAGAAACCCGAAUUUAAAGAGAUCAGCCCAGAUGUGGUUGAGCUUAAAUGGAAACCUGCUGAAGACAAGAAAGAUUUUAUCAAGUCGACCAUUACAUACACUGUCGAGUUCAAGGAUGAGGCUGAAAAAGACUUUAAGUCUCUUUCAACUUCACUGGAGAAGCCGAUGUAUACAGCAAAUGACCUUGACCCUUGUAUCAGCUAUACCUUCAAAGUCACAGCACAGAAUGAGUAUGGAAAGAGUGACAUCAGCGCUGAGCUAACGAUACCAGCAAGGCAGGUUAAAGUUGGGCCUGAAAUGCCCGACGAAGCUCCUAAGGUGUCAAAGCUUGAGAAAGACUCAUGCACAUUGACUUGGCCCGAAGCAAAACUGCCAAAGAACGCCAAACCAUCGCCCUUGACCUAUAUCUUAGAGGUCAAGGUGAAUGGUUCAAAGGACUGGAAGGAGUUGGCAAAAGAUUUAAAGGACCCCAAGUAUAACGUUAAAAAUGUUAAGCCAGAUCAGGAAUAUGAAUAUAGAGUUCUCGCGAAGAAUGAAUUUGGCACAAGUAAACCAUCCAAGUCAGUGAAGGUAGACAAGAGAGCAGGGCCUCCAGUUCUACCAAAAGAUGCUCCAGAGUUUAAAGAAAUCAGGCCUGAAGUCAUCGAAUUAAAGUGGAAGAAGGCUGAGGAUCAAAAGGGCUUUGUCAAAUCCACUAUCACAUACAUUGUCGAGUGCAGGGAGGAGAAGGCAAAAGAGUGGCAAAAGCUAGCAGAAGGCAUUGAGAAACCUACUUACAAGGCUUCAGACCUGACUCCAUCAAAGGCCUACACAUUUAGAGUAACGGCUAAGAAUGAAUUCGGCAACACUGAGCCAACGAAGGAGGUGUUAGUGCCGAAGAGACUCAUUCCAAAGCCACCAGUGAUGACCAAAGACGCCCCCAAAACGUCCAAGUUAGAAAAGGAUUCGGUCGAACUCGGCUGGUCUGCAGCAACUCUUCCUGAAGAUGCAAAACCAUCACCAAGCACAUACACGGUAGAGAUAAAGGAGGGGGAUAGCAAGGACUGGAAACCCGUUGCGAAGGACCUGAGUGAGACUACACACAAGAUCAAGGACAUCAAGCCAGAUAAAGAUUAUGAGAUCAGAGUUGUUGCGAAGAACGAGUUUGGCAACAGUGAGCCAACUAAGGCUCUCAAGAUAGAAAAGCGAGCAGGUCCUCCAAUGUUGCCAAAGGAUGCACCAAAAUAUAAAGAAAUCAAACCCGAGGUUAUUGAACUAUCAUGGCAACCAGCUAAGACCCAGAAAGGCUUUUUAGAAUCGCCAGUCACCUAUCAAGUUGAAAAGAAAAGUGAAAAGGACAAGAAGUGGACAACUGUUGGAAAAGAUGUCAAAGAUGUCACAUUCAAGGCCAAGGACCUGGAUCCAAGUCUGGCCUAUGAAUUCAAGGUGACUGCCAAAAAUGAGUAUGGUGCUAGUGAACCGACCAAUGAAUUGACAGUUGAAGCUCGGCUAAAGAAGGUCGCCCCAGCGAUGCCUAAAGGAGAACCAAAAGUAACAGGUUUGGACACAGAAUCACCAACCUUAGCUUGGUCACCAGCAAAGCAGGAGGAAGAUACUAAGCCAGCUCCAGUGACCUAUAAAAUCGAAGCAAAAGACGGCGAACACGGGGACUGGAAAGUUAUAGCAAAAGACUUGAAGGACCCUAAACAUAAGUUGAAGGAUCUCAAACCUGACCAAGAGUAUGAAGUGCGUGUGGUUGCGGAGAACGAGUUUGGUCUGAGUGAACCUACAAAAGCAAUCAAGAUUGAGAAACGUGCAGGUCCACCUACCUUACCGAAGGAUGCGCCAACUCUAUCUGAUCUGAACAAGGACAACCCAACACUGAAGUGGUCGCCUGCCCAGACGAAAGAGGGCGCUAUUAACUCACCAAUUACGUAUACUGUGGAGGCUAAAGAAAAGGGAACAGAUAAAUGGAAGGUUAUAGCAAAAGAUUUAAAAGAUCCGAAAUGCGUCUUGAAAGACCUUAAACCAGAAAAGGGUUACGAAAUCAAAGUAGCAGCAAAGAAUAAGUUUGGAGGGAGUGAGACAACUCAACCUGUGAUAUUAGAAGAAAGGACAGGUCCACCUUCUCUGCCUCUGGAUGCUCCAAAACUAUCUGCCCUAGAUAAGGACGCCCCAAAACUAUCCUGGUCCGCGGCUACGACCAAAGAAGGGAAAUUAGACGUUCCUAUCACAUAUAUCAUUGAAGCGAAAGAAAAUGAUUCAAAAGACUGGAAAACCUUUGCAAAAGAUGUUAAAGAUACUCAGCAUUCUCUGAAGGGAUUAGUGCCUGACAAACGUUGUGAAUUUAGGGUUUCUGCAGUUAAUAAGUUUGGGACUAGUGAAGCAACCAAGCCUGUCAUUCUUAAGGAGAGAUUGAAGAAAGAUGAACAGAAAGAUAAGUCGAAGAAAGAUGAUGAGAAAGUGAAAAAUGAAGAUGAUAAAGAUAAGAAGGAUGAAGCUAAAGUAAAGAAAGGUGAUGAUGAAGCAAAGAAGGAUGAUGGUAAAGCAAAGGAAGACGAUGAUACAGCAAAGAACGAUGAUAGUAAAGCAAAAAAGGACGAUGAUAAGGCAAAGAAGGAUGAGGCUAAAGUAAAGAAAGACGAUGAUAAAGUAAAGAAAGAUGACGAUAAAGCAAAGAAGAAUGACGAUAAAGCAAAGAAGGAUGAUGAUAGAGCAAAGAAAGAUGAUGAUAAAGCAAAAAAGGACGAUGAUAAGGCAAAGAAAGAUGAGGAUAAAGUAAAGAAGGAUGAAAAUAAGGCAAAGAAAGAUGAGGAUAAAGCAAAGAAAGACGAUGAUAAGGCAAAGAAAGAUGAAGCUAAAGUAGAGAAAGAUGAGGAUAAAGUAAAGAAGGAUGAAGAUAAGGCAAAGAAAGAUGAGGAUAAAGCAAAGAAAGACGAUGAUAAGGCAAAGAAAGAUGAAGCUAAAGUAGAGAAAGAUGAGGAUAAAGUAAAGAAGGAUGAAGAUAAGGCAAAGAAAGAUGAGGCUAAAGUAAAGAAAGAUGAUGAUAAAGCAAAGAAGGAUGAGGCUAAAGUAAAGAAAGACGAUGAUACAGCAAAGAAAGACGAUGAUAAAGCAAAGAAAGACGAUGUUAAAACAAAGAAGGAUGACGAUAAAGUAAAGAAGGACGAUGAUAAAGUAAAGAAAGAUGAGGAUAAAGUAAAGAAGGAUGAAGAUAAAGCAAAGAAAGACGAUGAUAAGGCAAAGAAAUAUGAGGAUAAAGCAAAGAAAGAUGAGGAUAAAGUAAAGAAGGAUGAGGAUAAAGUAAAGAAGGAUGAAGAUAAGGCAAAGAAAGAUGAGGCUAAAGUAAAGAAAGAUGAAGAUAAAGCAAAGAAAGAUGAGGGUAAAGCAAAGAAGGAUGACGAUAAAGUAAAGAAAGAUGAUGAUAAAACAAACAAGGAUGAGGCUAAAGUAAAGAAAGACGAUGAUAAAGUAAAGAAAGAUGAGGAUAAAGCAAAGAAGGAUGAAGAUAAAGCAAAGAAAAAUGAGGCUAAAGUAAAGAAAGACGAUGAUAAAGUAAAGAAAGAUGAGGAUAAAGCAAAGAAGGAUGACGAUAGAGUAAAGAAAGAUGAGGAUAGAGCAAAGAAGGAUGAUGAUAAAGCAAAGAAAUACGAGGAUAAAGCAAAGAAGGAUGGUGAUAUAGUAGAGAAAGGUGUCGAUGAAGUAAAGAAAGAUGACAAAAAAGCAAAGAAAGGCGAUGUUAAAACAAAGAAGGAUGACAGCAAAGUAAAGAAAGAUGAUGAUAAAGUAAAGAAAGAUGAAGCAAAGAAGGACGAUGAUGAAGCAAAGAAGGAUGGUGAUAAAGUUGAGAAGGGCGAUGAUAAAGUGAAGAAGAGUGGAACUGGUGCCCCUGUCCUGCCUCCUGAUGCACCUACUAUCUCCAACCUCGAGAAGGACUCACCUAAACUGACUUGGUCUGCUGCAAAGGCGAAAGAAGGGACAGUAGAAUCCCCAGUCACAUAUGCCGUAGAACUAAAGGAAUGGGGAAAAGAUUGGAAAGUGGUUGCUAAAGAUAUUAAAGAUACGAAACACACUUUGAAAGGCUUGAAGCCCGAUAUGGCAUAUGAGGUUAGGGUCGCUGCAAAGAAUAAAUAUGGGGAAAGUGACCCAACCAAACCAGCUAAAAUUCCGAAAAAGAAAGUACCCCCUGUCAUGUCCCCUGAACACCCCAAGAUCUCCUAUCUAGAAGCCGACUCAUUGACCUUAACAUGGAAAGAAGCUUCGCAGCAAGAAUACGCAAUACCCUCAAAGAUAUCGUACGUUGUUGAAGAGAAAGUUGGGGCCAAAGGGGAUUGGAAGGAAAUUGGAAAAGAUAUUCCAAAAGCUACAUUCAGAGUUAAAGGUUUACACCCAGAUGAGGACUGUGCUUACAGGAUUAUUGCCAAAAAUGAAUUCGGCAAGAGUGAUCCCACUAAACAUAUCAUACUGCCAAUGCAAACAGACGAAGUAGACUCUGCAGGCCCUCCUCCCGAUCUGACCCCAAUAGACCCUAAGGUGAAGAAAAUCAAUGAUGAAGAGGUCGAGUUAAGCUGGGACACCCCAAAAGAUGCCGAAGGACAGAGAUUGUUCACACCUCUCAUUUAUGAUAUUGAUUUCAAAGAAGAGGAGGUCGAGGACUGGAAGCCUCUUGUCAGAGGUGUGGCCGAUACAACAUACAAGGCGACCGACAUGGAGCCCAAAAAGUCCUACGAGUUCAGAGUUGUACCUCAGGUCUUUCAAGGUUUCGGUGAUCCUUGGGCGGAAAUUGUCGUGCCGAAGCGAAGUGUUGACCAACAAAAGCAGAAGGAUGCAGCAACUGCGAAGGCAAAGGGACAAGAACGUGGAGUUCCUCCCAGAUUGCAAUUCGAGGCACCAAAAAUAUCAGACCUGCAGAAGUCAUCAUUAAAACUUUCUUGGGACGAAGCGACCUUGCCUCCAGGAGCCAAAAAGGUCCCGACAGUAUACAUUAUUGAGAUAAAAGAAGGCUUGGGACAAGGUUGGAAAACACUCACUGACAAGGUCAAGGACACGCAAUACAAUGUCAAGGACAUCAGAGCUGACAAGGAGUUUUCUUUCCGGGUGCUGGCUAAGAAUGAGUUUGGUGUAAGUGAACCGACAUUACCGGCUACUCUCAACAGCAGAGGAGGGCCACCUGAAAUGCCUUUUUCAAAACCGAAAUACACAGAGGUUGGUCCCGAAACAGUUGGAUUAUCGUGGGAACCUGCGACCAAUAUGAAAGGCAUGGAGGAUGUCCCCAUCACCUAUGUGAUUGAAAUGAGAGAACCGCCAACCCCAGACUGGGAAACCCUUGUCAAGAACGUGAAGAAGACAAAGGUAGCCAUUCAAGAUCUUGACCCAAGUAAAAGCUUCUCCUUCCGUAUACUGGCAGAGAAUGAGUACGGAGUGAGUGAGCCCACUAUGCCCUUGACACUACCGAAGAGAGAUGCCCAAUACACCCCAGAGGAAGUCCGAAAACCAAACUACUCGCUACCAAGUAAAUCAUCAGUUGAUAUCACUUGGAAGCCAUCACGCAUGCCUGUCGGCUGUCCCGACAUGCCAAUCGUGUACGAUGUCGAGCAAUGCGAGUACCCGAGCUACGAUUGGGCAAAUGUUGGCAAGGGGGUCAAAGGUUGUGAAUAUACUGCAAAGGACUUGAAACCAGAAAAGGACUACAUGUACAGGGUUAUCGCUAGGACGAAGUACGGUGCUGCUGAUUCGUCGCCGCCAGUCACAGCUAGGCGAAAGGGAGGCAAUCUUGUCCCUCAACAUGUCAAACUCGCCAAACCAUUGGUGAAAGCAGUAGGCGACGACGGAGCAGAACUUACAUGGCGCCCAGCUGAAAAUCCAUCUAAUAUCACCUGCCCUGUGACCUACGUGAUAGAACAGCGUGAAGCGAUGACAUCGUCGUGGAAAGAGGUCGCCGCUGGUGUAAAGGAUGUGAAACAUGUAGCGGAGGGUUUGGAUCCCAACAAGGAUUAUGACUUCAAGGUGGUGCCUGAGAAUGAGUUUGGGAGGGCAGACCCUUAUCCGAUUGCUACACUGAACAGGGAUGGUUCUCGAGGUAAACCACCAGCGGGUAUCCUCAUAACUCCAUCAUUCUCGGAACUCGGUCCAGACGCCGUACAACUGUCAUGGUUACCGAAUAAGUCAAACGACCCAACCCAGGUCACCUAUGUCAUCGAACAGCGUAUGCUCAGUGGAGACUGGAAGCAGAUUGCUAAUGCUGUUCCUGACACUUACCAUAAUCUCCACGAGGUGGCACCUGAUGUUGAGUUAGUGUAUCGCGUCUUCGUCAAGAAUAGUUUUGGCACGAGUCCGCCGUCCCCUAUUGUCACUGUUAGGAGGAAGGCUUAUUCGAACAUGCCAGAGCCGAUCAGAGAAAAACCAACCGUCACUGACAUUGGACCAGCCGCCAUCCAACUCUCCUGGUAUCCUCCACUACGCAGGACCAAUACUCCACUUACGUACGUCGUGGAGGAGAAGAACCCUGCUGGUGGAGACUGGCGUGUCAUCGCAACUGACCUCGAGGAUACCAGGUUGGAUAUUGAGGACCUCGUGGCUGGCAGGGAUAACAUGUACCGUGUCGUAGUGGUGAAUGAGCAUGGGAAGAGUGAGCCUUCUCCGGCAGUCAUGGCUCAUCAUCAGAACCUGGAUGGCUCCAAACCAGACGCCAUAGUUGAAAAGCCAGUCAUAACAGAACUGGGCGAUGGCAGGUACAAACUCUCGUGGGUGAUUCCAAGAGAACCGCAGUCUCCUCAAGACUACACGCUUGAAGUCCGGGAAUCCCCCAGCCUCCGGUGGCAGAUGGUCACGACAGGAAUUCACGAUACCAACUACAUUAUUGAGAAUCUGAAGCCAGAGACGGACUACAUGUAUCGCGUUAUCGUGGAGAACGACUAUGGAGAGAGUGAUCCGUCGCCAGCUGUGUCCCUUCGUCAAGGACCAGAAUCGUACGCCCCCGUGAUGCCGAGAGAAAAGCCAUAUCCACGUGAGAUGGGACCAGAUACAAUUCUGCUUUCGUGGAAACCGGCACACAUCCCAGCUGAGGCUGCAGCUUCCGAAAUCACCUACACCAUAGAAGUGCGCGAGCCACCGGAUACGGAAUGGCGGAAGUUGUAUACCAAAGUCCCAGAUGUGUCGCACAGGAUGACUGACCUCAUGCCGAAACAGGACUACAUGUUUCGUGUGUUGGCUCAGAACGAAUACGGGCUGAGUGAACCCACGCCACCUUGCACAGUCAACCGGAAAAGUUCCAAAUGCAUUCCUGAGCCCAUCCUGAACCAUCCACGCAAGACUCUAGUCGGUCCCGAUGCCGUUCAGCUAACCUGGCCGCCACCCUACCAACCCGCUCAUCUGGCUAACAUCCCCAUGUCUUACAUCAUCGAGGUCCGGGACGGGCUGGGCUCAGACUGGCGCCCCAUAGCUAAGGAUAUCAAGGACCCGAACUACACCGUCUCUGGUCUGAGGCCAGACUUGGGAUAUGGAUUUAGAGUGAGGGUUGCUAAUGAAUACGGUGUCAGUGAACCAUCUCCUGUUGUAUCUCUCCCAACGAAAUGGGCCUCUGAUUACAUCCCAAGAACACCACCAGACUGCCCAGAAAUAACAGAGGUCUCGAUAGAGACUGUGCGCGUGUCGUGGAAUGCCGUACGCCCACCCCCAUCUGUGCCGGGAACGAAGGUAACCUACAUCCUCGAGAUGCGGGAGGGCAAGAGCACAGUCUGGAGGCCGAUGGUGAAAGGACAUCCCGAGACGUCUGUCCUCAUGAAGGACGUGAGCCCGGAGCAUGAGUAUAGCUUCAGAGUUCGGGCUCAGAAUGAGUACGGGAUUAGUGAUCCUUCCAGACAUGCUACACUACCUAAGAGAUUCGCUUUGCCAGAGGCUAUCCUUGAGAAACCAUUCCUACUAGAGCUUGGGCCGGACACUGCUAAGAUCUCCUGGAGGGCUCCACGCCUUCCUACAAGCCUCUCACGGUACCAGGCAAAGCCUUAUACCUACAUCAUCGAAGUCAGGGACCAAUCGGGCAAUGAGUGGAGAAAACUUGCCGGAGACAUCAGGGACACGUCCUACGUUAUCAAGGAUCUGCUUCCCGAUAGAGACUAUUUGUACCGAGUCAGGGCACAGAAUGAGUACGGCGUGAGUGAUCCCUCGUUGCCGGUUAUGAAGUAUAGGAAAGCAGAUACUGGGCGUGGAUCAGCUUCUCCUGCCUACACGAGGAAAUAUCUCGGUCCUGGUUUUCACAGAGGGCAUGCUGCGCCGGAAUUCGUAGGCGACUACGACGACACUGUAUACGGUGUGAAGGAGCAGCCGGUUAAGAUCUCGUGUACCAUCUCGGGUUAUCCUGAACCAAAACUCAUGUGGUACAAAGAUGGCGAGAAACUUGAAUUAGGUGGAAGAUUCAACGUUUACGUCACAGCCAAUGGCCUGUGUACGCUUGAGAUCGACGCUAUGCAAAAGUCAGAUGUGGGUACGUACAAGAUAUUCGCCGAGAACACAGAAGGAACUGCUACCAGGUACAUCAGGCUGGAGCUCGCAGAUCCACCGGUUUUUCUUGAACCCCUGAAAGAUCUGAACCUUCGGGUCUGGACUGCCGGAAGGAUGGAAUGCCGUGUGGACGGUUUACCCUACCCAGAGGUCAAGUUCUUCAAAGAUUGGCACCCAUUGGCCCAUUCGGCCAGGGUGAAGGUCAAGCAUACUGAAUAUGAUUACUGGUCGCUGGAUAUAGAUGGCGCUAUCAGUCGUGAUGAGGGAAUGUUUAUAUGUGUGGCUGAGAACAUUGCUGGGAAGGUGCAUUGUACAGCAUCUUUACAUAUCGAAGAAAAACCACCACUUGUUGAUAUAGAAAUCAAGCUGUCCAACGUAUCCGACGUCUACCAUGUCCUUGAAGAGAUCGGCCGCGGCAGCUGCGGCGUGGUCCGAAGGGUCAUCGAGAAGUGCACUCACAACGUGUUCGCGGCCAAGUUCCUGCGGGCCAGAGACAAAGACCACAGGAAUGACUUGAAGCAGGAAUUUGACGCCAUGGCCGAGUUGUCUCACCCGCACAUCGAGUUGCUGCAUGAUGCAUUUGAGUCGAAUAAGAAGUUGGUGUUGGUCCUGGAACUCAUUACCGGCCCAGAACUUCUCGACCACUUGACGGAAUUAGAUUCCAUAACGGAGAAUGACAUAGCAUUUUAUAUCAAACAACUUUUAGAGGCAGUCGAGUAUAUACAUUCGAAAGGAGUGUUGCAUUUAGAUAUUAAGCCUGAAAACUUGUACUUCACGAAGCACGGUUCAACAGACAUCAAAUUGAUCGACUUCGGCUGUGCGAGAAAGACAUAUCACGAACGGGAGACGAGGAUCAACUAUGGCACACCAGAGUUUGUGGCGCCGGAGGUAGUGAAGGGCGAACCUGUCACCUUCGCUACAGAUUGCUGGCAUAUCGGAGUACUCACAUACAUUCUUUUAAGUGGCAUCUCACCAUUCCAUGACAGUAACGACCGUCAGACAUUGACCAACGUCAGGGAGUGCCGAUGGUCGUUUAAAAACCAGGCUUUCGAUGAUAUAACAGAUGUUGCGAAGAACUUCAUUGCUUCUUUGUUGGAUAUUGACCCACGUGGUCGCCCGACAGCUUCGGACUGCCUGAACCACCCGUUCAUCCGCUUGGCAGACCAUCGCGGCCAGGGACUCCGGCUGCCCGUAGACAGGCUCAAGAUCUACUCAACAAGACGAAAGUUUGAGCGCCAACUGAACCUUGUCCGUACUAUUGUCUACCAGCGUCCAAUAACAAGCAUUCUACAAGACGUGCCCAGGAUUAUGCUACCUGGGGACGCGGAUAUCUCAAAGGACAGGGCACCAUUUUCACCAAUAUCACCGUCUAUCGGUGGACCACAAGGCUUACUCCCGCCAUUGGCUUGCGGGAUUGUGUUGACUCCAGGGACGUCACGUGCCAGUUCCAUCGCGCCAUCGGACGAUAACACGUCAUCGUUCGAUUCUGGCGACUUCGAUUUUGAUUUGGACGAUGAGGGAGAAUGUCCUAUGGAAGACUGGGCGGGGCAUUACCAUCCUGGCGCACACACCCACUGCCAUCAUCAUGACGAAUCGAAACUGAAGGAAUUAAAAGAGAAAUUACACAGAACUGAACUGGAUGAAAAAUUCGCAGCGGUGGAGGCGUACAUUUAUAAGAGGUCACGAUCUGAUCGACAAAAACCGAAGAAAAUCAGAAAAUCUAAAAUAGCUGGUGAGAAGACCGCCAUGACAGGAGGCGAACCUCUGGUAUUUAAAGAGAACCUCCACGACAAGGGCUUUAAUGUCGGACAAAACAUCACCGUGUCAUGCCAGGUUCACGGCAACCCAGCGCCAUCCAUCCACUGGUACCGAAACGAGGAGCCGCUCUGGGAUGGCCACAGGUUGAGGACGAGCUACGACCACCACACCGGCAGAGCCUCCUUGACUGUGAUAAAUACUUUGCCCACUGAUGGCGGCAUUUAUAAGUGCACAGCAAGGAACCCACUGGGGAGGAUCGUAACCAAGGCUAGGCUGGCUAUUGGAGAUCAUCCGACCCGUCCAGGCCGCCCCGUCGUCACCGCAGUGUCGUCGCAUGAAGUUUUCGUCAUGUGGGAGGAACCAAAGACCGAUGGCAAUGGUCACAUCCUGUCGUAUAGGCUGGACUACAGGAAAGCAGGUGCGCGAGAAUGGACGCUGGGAACACACACCAUCAACGAGUGCGCGCUUAUUCAGGGCCUGGAACCAGACUCCGUCUACCGCUUCCGCGCCAACUGCGUGAACAAGUUCGGUACCAGUCCUUACAGCUUUGGAUCCAUUGAGAUCAGGACGAAACACGAGGGUGCGGAACCCAUUCCCAUAGACACGGAGACUCGAAGAGUGCUCCUCCGAUCCCGAGAUGAGGCCGAAGACUCGGAGCCGGAAUCUCCCGAUGUCAGCCGAAGAUCGUCCAUGUAUGAAGUCAUGGAGCCGAAGAAAGAGGGCUUGGAAACUGACAUUAUUCUUCAAGAGGGAGAUCCCGAGAAGUUCUAUACAUUUGGUGCUCAGAUAUGGUCGGGUGAGCAUGCUACUGUCGUGAAGUGCAGUGACAGGAACCUUGGCAAGGAAUACAUUGCAAAGAUCAGACUGAAGAGAUCUGAAGAUGCCCUGCGGGAAUACAAUAUUCUCAAAGGUCUACGACAAGAGAGGAUAUGCCAGCUCUUUGAGGCCUACCAGACAGCCAAUAAGGUCACUCUGAUCCUCGAGCCUCUCAGUGGGGAGGAACUUAUCAGAGGCUUAUGCUUCAAGAACAAGUACACGGAGGAGACAGUUUGUCACGUCAUCAGACAGCUCCUCGACGCUUUACAGUUCCUCCACAACUAUGGCAUCGUCCACUUGAACAUUGAGCCAAGCAACAUCAUGAUGAUCAGCAGACGGCGACAUGAUAUCAAGAUUGUAGACUUCAGCUGCGCGCGCAACAUCACGCAUGAGGAUGGAGAAUCCUUUGGAAAGACGGAAGGAAUGACAGAAUUUUUCGCCCCUGAAAUGCUUAGCAAUGAGAUGAUAGGCUGUCCUGCUGAUGUAUGGAGCGUCGGGGUCGUCACGUUUGUCUUAUUGAGUGGAGAAUCACCGUUCCUGGGCGAAAAGGAGCAAGAUACCAUCUCGAACAUCUCUCGCCUUAGAUACGACGCGCACCAUCUCCAUGACAAUAUCACCAAGGACGCCCUCAGAUUUAUGUAUCACAUCAUCAAGAGAAGUCCGAGGGACCGGUUAACAAUAGAGGAAGCUCUAGAUCAUCGCUGGCUCAAUCUAGCCGACCCAAUGGUGAAGAAACGAAGAGCCGGAAUCUUCGACACUUCCAAGCUCAGAAACUUCCAGAUUGAAUUCCAAAACCGACGCUUCGCAAAGAGUGGCAGCACCGGUUCUGAAACAUCGGGAGCAGCUUCCACGGAAGGUGAAGGUCAUGAUGAGAGGCGGGAUUCAGCGACAGGAGCCGCUGGGGGGCUUGCGCCACCCCAAGCUGGAGGGUCUGGGGAACCGUCCAGGAAGUUAUAGAGGAUAAAAUAAGCACGAGACAUGGUGCGCUAAAAUUUGAUUUGGUGUUGAUUACAUUCACAUUUUCAUUUUAUUUAUUGUACACCAAUUUUAAAUUUACCAUGGGAAAACUGGAAAUGAUGUUAUCUUCUAUAUGAGCAAAUAUUUUUUUUUGUUUCAAUCCAUUUUUAUUCAGCAGUAAACUGGGCCCAUAGAGCAAGGCAUUAACAGUUUCACUAAAGGAAUGGCCCCCUCAUCUCUUGCAUAAGUGCCGCUAUAAGUAUGUUGAACGCUAGCCAUGUACAUAUGCAAAUAUGUAACACAGAAUGGGUUGACCAUUUCUGAUACAGACAAUACAGUAUUACAUUGUCAGCAGUGUUCGAGAUAUACUGCUAUAUAACUAUAUGUAGUAUACAAUAUAGAGUGAACAAUGUAAUUACAUGUACAUGUUUAUGAUUGUAAAUAUUCCUUUUGAAUGUAUAGUUAGUAUAUUUAUCAUUCGUUUACAAUUCCCCAUACGCGACAACAGCGUCAUUAUUAUCAUUAGUACUACAAUAAAGAUGACAAUUUUUCUCGUAAAAUACCACAGACCUUAAUUUACAAGUAGGUCCGUGAAAAUGCUGAGAGACGAAUAGUGCUAUUAAAAAUUGUUAAGCAACGAUAUCGUGCAGUCCCUACGAUAAAGAUUAUCAAAGUGCGUACGAAAUUUUCAAAAUACAAUUUCCAAGUAAUUUUGCUUUACCCAUUUGAUAUAAAAUAAUGUUGUGAAGGCACGGUUAUCAAUGGUCAUCUUAAGAGUUGACCACAAGAUGCACCAACAUGUUGGCUGGAGCUUGAACUUCUGAAGCAAUUAGAACUAUUUCAAAACGAACGGAAUGCCAAUUACAAUGGUUGUAGUCAGUUCUUUGUUUUCCAGAAAACGAAUUCUCACCCUUGAAAUUGGCAUUCACUUUAUUUUCAAGAAGUGCUAACUGUUUUAGGAGUUCAAGAUAACUGCCCUCAACUGGUUAACCUUUUAAUUCGUACAUCGUAUGCAAUCGUCUUAUUAUGUUAAAUCAUAAUAAUCGUCAGCAGUGUGAGUGUAUCUUUUCCGAUGCACGCAAAGUCCCAUAUGUGCCUUUGUGCAUUAUUUUAGGAGGAAAUGUAUUGUUGCCGGUACAUGGAUAUGAAUUGUAAAAUAUGCAGCAACACGGUUUGCAAAUGUACAUAGAACUAAAAAUACAUACACGUGAAAUCAA